CCACCGACCAUUGAUCAAUCGCCAUAUUGCCCCAGUUCAAUUAAAUUACCGGCGAGUAUUGUUGUUGUCUUAAAAGUCAUUAUGUUGUUUCGUUCCAAUUUGCGAUUCAUAUCAAGAAGCGUAUCGAAACGUUUCCAAACGGCUCAGGCAUCUGCAGCCACAGCGGACAGGAAUGCUCUGCCUGCUCAAGAUGCUCAGGUUUCUAAGCUGGCCAAUGGGCUCACUGUUGCCUCGCUUGAGAACUACUCACCUGUCAGUAGGAUCGGAAUUAUAGUCAACGCUGGGUCGAGAUAUGAAACUACUAAAAACCUAGGCGUCACCCACUGUUUAAGAGCAUUUGCCAACUUGACGUGUAAAGGUGCAACUACCUUCAGUAUCACAAGAGGAUUGGAAGAUGCAGGAGCAUCACUGGAGGCAUCAACAACUCGGGAUCACAUGUUAUACUCAAUAAAUUGCUUAAGGGAUAACCUAGAUAUAGCUGGAAAUUAUCUUAUUAGUAUUGCUGGGGGUCAAGAGUUCAGGAGGUGGGAGGUCAAUGAUAGUAAAUACAGAGUGAACAUUGAUUUGGCUCUUGCUGAGACCCAGCCACAGAUAGACGUUAUGGAACGUCUCCACGGGGCAGCUUUCAGAGGAAAUCUCGGAAAUUCUCUUUUCUGUCCAAAGUACAUGCUGGACGCAUUCACAACAGAUGUGCUCAAAGAUUUUGUCAAUACGCACUUCACGGCUGAAAACAUGGCUCUUGUUGGUGUUGGAGUUGACCACGACACUCUUAAAGCUUUGGGUGAAAAAUUGGCUGUGCAGCGGGGAUCUAAAGUUAACAAUGCUUCAAAAUACGUUGGAGGUGUUGAAAGCAGGGCGCAGAAUCGUAGUGAACUGGUCCAUGCCGCUGUGGCCGUAGAGGGCGCUGGCAUUCAGAAUCAAGAUGUACUCACACUCUCAGUAAUGCAGUACCUGCUAGGGCCUGAACCAUGCGUGAAGUGGGGAUCCCACAUGGCCACGUCAAAGCUGAACCAAGCUGCAGCUAAAGCAACGCAGUCGCCCUUCCAUGCAAGCUGUUUGAAUUUGAGUUAUGCUGAUACAGGUCUGUUUGGGUUCUAUGUACUUGGCCAAGCCAACGAAAUGCAGUCAGUUCUCAAAGCUGCAAUGGGGCAAUUUGGUGGAUUAACAAAAGGCAAUAUUGAUGAGAAAGACUUUCAGAGGGCAAAGAACCAAUUGAAGUCUUCAUUAAUGAUGCAGUGUGAAGACCAGGGUACCUUCUUUGAGCACCUUGCAGUACAGAGUCUAACCACUGGAAAUUAUCAACCACUUACUGAUGUACUCAAGCAGAUAGACAACAUCAAACCUCAAGAUGCCGUAACGGUUGCAAAGAAAGUGUUCAACGGCAAACCGGUGAUGGUUGCCAAUGGCGAUUUAGUAAACACACCAUAUUUGGAUGAACUGUUAUAAAGGCACACUGUUGCCAGUACUGCCCUCUAGAAUUAACAAUAUUUAAUGAGCUGUUCUUCGAAUCUCAACACUUUAUUAUAAUCAAAUAUGUUGCCAACUUUGCGCACCAUAGAUGGUUUCUAUAUACCAUCAAUAUCUCAUUGGUGCACCAUACUUGCCUAAUUGGCCAAUAAAAAUAUAUUUUUACCUACUGUAAUACUAAGCUAUACUGGUCUGAAAUAGUGUUGUAGUAGAAAUAAUUAUUGCGGUACUGCUUGCAUAUUGUUAAAUAUGAUUUAUUUUAUUAUUGUUCCUCAUAUUAACUUUAAAAUGAUAAGGCAAUGACCAUAAACAGAAUUUAUGAAUAGAGUUUGAUUAAAAAGUAUGUUGAAAAUUA